AUGGGGGGAAAUGUCUCUGUAAUGGUGCCAAUGGAUGGGUAUCAUUAUCCCCAAAAAAUUUUAGAUACAUUUCCAGAUCCUAAAGAAGCCUAUGCUCGAAGAGGUGCAUAUUGGACAUUUGAUGCGCAAGGUCUUCUUACUUUGACGGAAGCUCUCCGACGUCCUAUUGAUAGCAGUCAAACAAUAACUGCACCAUCGUACGAUCAUGGUAAAGGCGACCCCGUUGAAAAUGAUAUUGAAAUAUUACCAAGUCAUAAAUUGGUGAUAAUGGAAGGACUUUACCUCCAUUUGAAAGAACCACCAGUCUGGAAAUCAAUUGCAUCACAUAUGGACGAAUUAUGGUUUCUACAUAUAGAUCGCGAAAUUGCAAAAAAAAGAAUUAUCAAAAGGCAUAUUCAAACUGAAACUGAAGAACAGGCCUUUUUUAGAGUUGAAAAUAAUGACAUGGUGAAUGCCAAUUAUAUUUUAGAAAACAGUUUGAUACCAACUAGAACGAUAAUUAGCGCUGAUGAUCCUGCUCAUAUUACCUAA